AUGCAUCAAGUAUCUUGGGAAGAAGCUCAACUACCACCAAUUGGAAUCUUAUCUCCCGCCUACAAAUCCAAUGGGCAUGUUUUCACCUCGGGAUGUGUUGGUAGUCUUCCAGAUGGAUCCAUCGCAGAAACCGUUGAAGAACAAACAGAAUUGGCAAUUAAGAAUUUGUCAACCAUUUUAACUACCUCUGGCUCCUCCUUGGACAAGGUGUUGAAGGUGUUACUCUUCAUUGCAGAUCCUGCAGAUGGCCCUAAGGUCAACGAAAUCUACGCAAAGUACUUCCUCCAGAAGCCUGCAAGAUCCUGUGUGGUUGUUGCUUUCCCUAACGGAAAAAUCAAGGUAGAAUUGGAAUGCGUCGCCGAGUACGAGUGA